AUGUUUUUGUACGCCGCUGCUGCACCGACUGAAGCUUCUACUUAUGCGUGGGCAGUGGGGUGCGUUGAGUUGGACGAUGGGCGUCCUGUGGUCGGGGUGAUAAAUAUUGGCCCGCAUUCAGUCACCAAUUUGGAGUUCAGUGUUCGUAUUGCGGCACAUGAAAUCGCGCACGCACUUGGGUUUGAGGUGGAAAUUUUUGAGGCGAGGAAUAUGACACAGACGAUGCCUGAGGUUCGUGGAAAGGAGAAUGUGCUCGUUGUGUCUUCACCCAAGACGCUGGAAAAGACUCGUGCGCACUUCAACUGCACAAGUGCCCCUGGAAUGGAGCUGGAGGAUGAGGGUCAGGGUGCAACGCCAUCGUCGCAUUGGAAGAGACGCAACGCAAAGGACGAGCUGAUGGCUGCCAUCAACGGUGCCGGCCACUACACGGCGCUGACGAUGGCUGCUUUUGAGGACAUGGGCUUUUACAGGGCGCAGUGGAGCAUGGCGGAACAGAUGCCAUGGGGCAGCAACUCCGGCUGCGAACUGCUGACGCAGAAGUGCCUGACUGAUGGCGUCACCCGGUACCCGGAAAUGUUUUGCCGCCCCAGAAGAAAGUUUUUGGUAUGCACAUCGGAUCGUUUGGCUCUGAGCAUCUGUAAGAUUACUACCUACCCGGACCCCCUUCCGGCACAGUUUCAGUACUUCAGGAAUCCCAGACGCGGCGGGCGUUCUGAAGACCUAAUGGACUACUGCCCCUACAAUGUCGCGCUCAGAGAGAGGCGGUGCAUUGAUGGUAAAGCAGGCGCUAUUCGUGGAAGCCGCAUUGGCCCAAGCUCAAGGUGCUUAAAAACGAGAAACCUGCAUGAUGUUUUUGGUUUCACUGGGGACGUGUGCGCCGAGGUGUCAUGCAGCAAUGACACGGUGCUUGUGCGGUAUCUUGGGAAUGACACCUGGCAUGCAUGCCCAGAGGGCAGCACUAUCACACCAACUGGGUGGUUCAAGGGCGGGAACAUUGUUUGCCCGAGGCGCAUCGAGGUGUGUGCUGUCCACUAG